AUGGCAACCCAAACUGUCAACCCCCCAACCGUUGAUGGUUACCGUGAUUCAGACGACGACUUCAGCUCAGAUGACCAAGAGUUUCAUGUCGAUGAGCGCUCUGGACGGUCUUGGCCGACCAAGAUUCUUCAUAAUGUCAUCCAGCCCAUCAAACCAAAGUUAGUAGAGAUUGGGAAGGUUUCAUCUGCUGAUCCUACGCGAUGCAAACCAUCGAGGGGGGCGAGGAAGAGAUGUGAUGUUCAAGAAAACAAGGUUGAGGGGAUUUGGACUUAUGAUAUGACUCUAAAGUCUUCUGAUGGAGAGAAGAAGUCCUAUGCCCGGAGGAUACUGUAUUUUGCUGGAGGCGGAUGGCAAGCACCUCCAAGUGGCCAACAUUGGACUUUUUGUGCAGAGAUGAUUAAUCGACUACAGGAUACUAGACUUACACUUGUCUCGUAUCCCCUAGCACCCAAGGAUCCCGUUCAAGAUGCAUUCCCAGCCAUCUGCAAGACCUACAAUGUCUUGUUGAAGGAAUCAUCUGACCUUGGUGAGAGGGUGAUCGUCGCUGGAGACAGUUCAGGGGGCAAUAUUGCCCUGUGCCUGGUGACUUGGACAAUGAGAGAUCAAGAUGUACAAGUCGUUCGACCUCCAUCUGCCAUCCUCGCCAUCACUGCAACUACCGACUUACGUCACAAUCACCCCGACAUCAGAGAGGUAGACAAGGUUGAUCCUAUUCUAAGCGAGUCGUCCAUCAAUGACACAGCCGGUGCGUGGGCUCCCGGCCACUCCGACGUGAAUCAACAAAACGGGACGAACACGGAGACAACAGACAGGAAUGAGAAGCUCGACUGGUCCGCCGAUGACCCUCGAGUCUCACCCAUCCAUGCCGAUCUGGGUGUUUGCAUCACCAACAAUAUCAAGAUACAUGGUAUAACAGCGUCACAUGAUGUUCUUGGGCCAGAGGCUGUUGAGUUUAGAGAGAGAUGUAGAAAGGAGGGCGUUUCAGGAGAGUGGUUGUCUUGGGGCAAUCAGAUGCACUGCUUUCCGUUGGCGUACAAGUAUGGGUUGAAGGAGAGUAAGGAGGGGCUUGAAUGGAUCAUUGAUGUUUUGAAGAAAUGUUGA